AUGCAUUUCAUGGCUAGCUCAACAAACAUUCAAUCAGCAGCCUGCAUUCUGCACGUGAAUCCCCCUGUCGUGGCCGUCGGGAUCUAUCGCAGCCCAAGCUCGUCACACCAAGAUGAGGAACUUAGUCAGGCCUUGCGUGGAGCUGCUAAAUCAGGAUAUCGGCUCUUGAAUCUAGGUGAUUUCAACGCGCCCACUGUCAACUGGACACACCAGUCAUGUCGCGGAACUGGGUUUGAUAUGGCCCUGCUCAACACCGUAUCCGGUCUAACCCUGCCGCAGCAUGUGGUGGUACCUACCAGGAUAAGCCCUCGAUCUCGUUCUAACGAGGAACAGCAAUGA